AUCUCUGUCCACAGAGGAGAUGAGGGGAAACCUGAAUGCUGCAGCCCGUUUUUAAGCAACAACAGCAUCACAGCGUGCGGUACGGCACGCACACCAUGAGCUACAAGAUCCCCGGGGCAGCGAUGGACCGAGUCAGCCUGCUGUGGCGCCUGAGGCGUCGAGCUCGUCGUGGCGUUCUCUGCAUGACCUUCUUCUGCAUCUCCAUGGCUCUGCUCUACGCCAUCUGUGCCGAGAACAGCGUGCCCGUCACCGACGCCAUCUUCGGGGUCCGGGCGCGGACCCGGGCUCAGCCACGGGCGCACUCUGUCAUCAAGCAGGUUCUGCGCGUUGACCCCCAGAAGCUGCCUGGCGUCGUCCCCGGUGACCCUCACCGGCCAAUCCCGGUGCUCUCGUCGCCGAACCGGACCCAGGACGCCAGCGCCGGUGACCCGGUGACGCGCCGGCGUCCCCGGGAGCCCCCCGGGCUGCUGGCUCGUCUGCUGCCGCGCCCGUUCACCCGAGCCCUGGAGACGCUGUUCGGAGGCCGGCGGCGCGGCGAGCUGAGCGGCAGAGCCGGCGACGCCGAGUUCUUCGGACCGCACGGCCUUCUGGGAGAAGUGUGGGACGACGAGAUGUCCAGCAGCAUGCUGGGAAGCCGGCUCAGGAAGGUGGUCCAGAACUACCAGGCCAUGAAUAAGUACGGUGUGGAGUUCUCUGGUCCCGGUGGUGUGUCUGGCCGUCCCAAGCUGAGCGGCUCUGAGCUCCUGUGCGAGCUGAAGGAGAAAGUCUCCGUGAGCACCCUGACCUCCGACCUGCCCCCCUUCUCCUCGCUGUCCUGGGCCGCCACGCUGCCGCCGGCGCCGCUGACCUCCGACCUCGGCCCGUACGGCUGUGCCGUGGUGUCGUCGGCCGGGUCGCUGCGCUACUCUGGACUCGGCAAAGAGAUCGAUUCCCAUGAUGCCGUGCUGCGCUUCAACGCCGCGCCCACCACCGGCUACGAAAAGGACGUCGGUUCGAAAACCACAAUCCGCCUCAUCAACUCGCAGGUGAUGGCGUCUGAUGACCACCGUUUCCUGUCCAGCUCGCUGUACAGCUCCGGCGCUCUGGUGGCCUGGGACCCCGCCCCCUUCUCCGCUGACCUCACUCAGUGGUACAACAGGACGGACUACCCGAUCUUUCUGCAGUACCAGAGGUACCGGAGGCUGCACCCCCUGCAGCCCUUCUACAUCCUGCACCCGCGCUUCGAGUGGCAGGUCUGGCAGCGGAUCCAGGACAACAUGGCCGAGCCCAUCCAGAGGAACCCGCCCUCCUCUGGCCUGCUAGGAACGGUCCUGAUGAUGUCGCUGUGUGACACGGUGCACGUGUACGAGUUCCUGCCGUCCCGCAGGAAGACGGAGCUCUGCCAUUACUACCAGCGCUUCUGGCCCCGCGGCCUGCAGCUUCGGCGCUGCCACCCUCUGCUGUACGAGAAGAACCUGGUCAAACGGAUGAACCAGGGCUCCGACCGGGACAUCUACACCCACGGACGAGUCACCCUGCCUGGGUUCAGGAAGCUCAACUGCACCCAGGCAGCUGGAGGGUCACCCAAACACUGACCACCGGGAAAUACAGGAGCAAAGUGCGCACAUACACACACACACAUAUACACACACACACAAAGCACACAAA